AUGAGCAAUGGUUUCUGUUUGGUUCUCUCAACACAUGUUCCCUAAUUGCCACGUGUUAAUAAAUUUGUGAUUUUCAGAUGACUGUGCUGAUUCUCCCUGUGCCCUGAAUUCAACGUGUAUCGAUUUGAUCAACGACUUCAAAUGUCAAUGUCCGAAUGGAUUUUCGGGAAAACGUUGCCACGUCAAAGGUAUGUAUUUUGAACGGAAAAUUUUUGAAAUUUUGAUCAAUUUUUUUUGUUGCGAAAUUUGCACUUUUAUCUAGCAAAAUUAAUUAAAUUGAAAAGGUUUUGGGGGAAAAACAGCCAAGAAUAUUUGAAUUCAGCGAAGAAUUUUUUGAUUGGGGCCAAUUUUCCAAAUAUGCCUAAUUGUAUGCAUUUUUCUGGAGUAUCGGCCUGAAAUUAAGGCCCUUUUUCUGACUUACAGGCGUCAGGCUAGUAUUUUUUUCCAUUUUUCUAGUUGUUGGAUUUUAGGCCUAAUGGGGUGAGUCAAUCGAAUUAAUCGACGUGUUUUUUGCGAUUAAUUGACAAAAAAAGUGAGUCUUUUAGGGCGAUUAAUUUCACGUUUUUGUCAAUUCAUCGCAUUCAUUUCUUGGCAAAAAAUGCGAUUAAUUGCAUAAAAAAUAUAAUUAAUUUGACCUAUAUUUCAAAACGUGACCCAUAUGAGUUGGAAAUAUCAACAAAAAAUUGUCUUCUCUCAAUUUUCUUUCAUUUCGAAAUGAAUUCAAAAAAUAAGCACUCAGGAGAACGACCGCGAGAUCUGCGCGAAACGCGAACCCCAGAAGUCCGCUAAAUCGCCGCGCAUCCGCCGCGGUUUAGCGGUGUUGUUACAGCGUUUCGCGUAAAUUUCGCGGUUUCAUUAUCGCGUUUCGCGUAAAUUUCGCGGUGUCCUCUCAAUUUCAAAACAAAAUGUCAUCAUGAUCGAUCCUCACAUUCAGGUGAUCAUCAUUUGUAUUUAUCACACUCACCCAACCUCGAACCCACAACCUCUCACCUCGAAUACAUUUGUUUUACCCACUUGACCAUGCGCGCACGUGACGCGAAUAGCGAAAUAGUUUUUUAUAUACCAUGCUACUGCGCGAAAAUGUCGCGAAACGCUCCAAUUCGGUCGAGGAAGCCCGCGAAAUUUCCGCGAAACGCGAAGUUCCCCGCAAUUCGCGCAAAUUUCGCGACGUCCAGUCGACCGAGUCCCAGAUUGCGCGAGGUUUGUGCGAAACGCGUGAUUCUCCCGCGAAGGUUGAGCGAAUCGCAGAGACCCCGCUUUUCGCGCAGAUUUCGCGGUCGUUCUCCUGAGCAGUGAAUUUAGGACACGUUUCAAAAAAGAGGUCAAAUAAAUUCUAUUUCAUAUUGAAAUUCUUCAUUUAUGAAUGCAAUUAAUUGCAAAAAAAGAUGGAAUUAAUCGACAAAAACGUGAAAAAAAUCGCACAAAAAAGACUCACUUUUUCUGUCAAUUAAUUGACAAAAAAUAAAAUUGACUCACCCCAUAAAAUUUCGGUUUUUUUGAACUAUAGGCUUCUGGCCUGAAUUGUAGGUUUUUUUUUCUAACUUUUAGAUCUACCGCUUGAAUUCCAGGCUUUCCUAACCUGAAUUUCAAGAUUUUUUCUCAAUUUCAGGAUUUUUCAGAUUAAAUUAUGGGCUUCGGUCCCGAAUUCCAGGGUUUUUUCAACUGGUAACUCUCAGGUCUGGAAUUCAGGUUUUUUCUGAGAAUUCAAGGUUCCGAAUUUCAGGUUUUUAUUUAAAAUUUCAAAAAAAAACCAGGAAACAAAAUUGAUUUUUCCAUCAACUCUCAAUAUUUAAGAGUCAUUAUUUGAAAAAAGGGAAAUUACGAGGAUAGGCUCUGUACAGAAAAAUUGAUGGUCUCAAAAACGGCUCAUAUUUUUUGUACAGACCUUUUAACUAUCCAACAAUAAAAAAAACAUGUUUUUGAUUCAAAAAAUUUCAGUUUCAGUGGGGAGGCUGAAAAUGGGUAUGCGCAACUCGCUUUGAAACGUUGCGCAACCGUAACUCAGCUUAACGCUAACUAUUUUUGAUGAUCAAAAAAGCAUUUUGCUCGUCUUUUUGUGCUCUACAAGCAGGAAAAUAGCUCCACACAAAAAAAAUUUUUUUGAGCAAGUUGGAAAAAACCAGUUCGCAAAAACUGACAUUUUCGGAUUUACAGACAAAAAAGGGCGACGUCUAACCGCAUUCAAUCGAUUCCUCUUGAUUUUUUACCCCUAGGCGCAAAGUAUUAUCAAAAUCGGCGGUAACCAUCAUGUUCGUUUUAGACCUCGAUUCAAAAAAUGACCCUUCUGAAAAAACUUUUUUUUCAGUUUUUUGAGAUUUUUUUAUAUUUUAGGCUGAAUAAAGACUGUUUUAACAUCAAAAUACUUCAAAAACACUUUUGGUUAUUGAAACUGACUCAAAUUGUGAGGUUUUACCUAUUCUUAUAAUCUCAUUGAUGUUUUCGGUAAGACCAUCGGACAAGAUCUGAAAAUACUUGAAACUGGACUCUGGGUGACAAAUUUUUAUCGAAUUGUGCCUAAAACACUCUAAAAACAUGUAUUCUAACAUUUUUGAUCAAUUUCCAUUCAAAUACGGAUGUUUUUACUCGAUUUGGACAUUACUGGAAUUCCGAUGUUUGUGUUGAUCUCUGAUUUUCGUCAUCGAAGACAUCAACAUUGAAUAAUUUUGAUGGUAUUGACUUCAAAACAAAUUUUCAAGUUUUUGAAACUCAUCUCCAGAAAUUGUACAAAUCAACAUUUCUCCAGGCGAGGCUGAUCGUAGAUCUUUUUAUUGAUCUUCUAUCUGAAUCUUAUAUCACUGUUUCCAUUGUACUAAAUGUAGUUUAGAAAACGUUUUUCUUUUGAAUUUAUUUCAUCUUGCCUCAAAAACAAGAAAAAAGUCAAGAUCAAUCGCUGAUGUCAACGAUGGAAUGAGAUCAGAGAUCAGGAUAAACAUCCUAAUUCCAGUAAUGUCUGAAUCGCGAAUAAACUGCACAUUUUGUCUGGGAUUGUUCGGAAUAGUGUUUUUUCUGUUCACUUUGAUGUUUUGCACAUUAUUCAUCAAUGAUAUGAGUAAUAUGUCGAUAAAAAUCAUCUGAUAUAAAAAUCAGGAUUUUUUCCGAUGGCCUUACUGAAACUUCAAUUAAUUUCGAGACUCACUAUAAAAUUGAUUCUAUUCAUUAUUAUGAUGAUGAAAUUAGUACUUCUCAUUAGUCCCAGACAAAAUGUGCAGUUUAUUUGCAAUUUAGACAUUACUGGAAUUAGGAUGUUUAUCCUGAUCUCUGAUCUCAUUCCAUCGUUGACAUCAGCGAUUGAUCUUGACUUUUUUCUUAUUUUUGAGGCAAGAUGAAAUAAAUUCAAAAGAAAAACGUUUUCUAAACUACAUUUAGUACAAUGGAAACAGUGAUAUAAGAUUCAGAUAGAAGAUCAAUAAAAAGAUCUACGAUCAGCCUCGCCUGGAGAAAUGUUGAUUUGUACAAUUUCUGGAGAUGAGUUUCAAAAACUUGAAAAUUUGUUUUGAAGUCAAUACCAUCAAAAUUAUUCAAUGUUGAUGUCUUCGAUGACGAAAAUCAGAGAUCAACACAAACAUCGGAAUUCCAGUAAUGUCCAAAUCGAGUAAAAACAUCCGUAUUUGAAUGGAAAUUGAUCAAAAAUGUUAGAAUACAUGUUUUUAGAGUGUUUUAGGCACAAUUCGAUAAAAAUUUGUCACCCAGAGUCCAGUUUCAAGUAUUUUCAGAUCUUGUCCGAUGGUCUUACCGAAAACAUCAAUGAGAUUAUAAGAAUAGGUAAAACCUCACAAUUUGAGUCAGUUUCAAUAACCAAAAGUGUUUUUGAAGUAUUUUGAUGUUAAAACAGUCUUUAUUCAGCCUAAAAUAUAAAAAAAUCUCAAAAAACUGAAAAAAAAAAGUUUUUUCAGAAGGGUCAUUUUUUGAAUCGAGGUCUAAAACGAACAUGAUGGUUACCGCCGAUUUUGAUAAUACUUUGCGCCUAGGGGUAAAAAAUCAAGAGGAAUCGAUUGAAUGUAGUUAGACGUCGCCCUUUUUUGUCUGUAAAUCCGAAAAUGUCAGUUUUUGCGAACUGGUUUUUUCCAACUUGCUCAAAAAAAUUUUUUUUUGUGUGGAGCUAUUUUCCUGCUUGUAGAGCACAAAAAGACGAGCAAAAUGCUUUUUUGAUCAUCAAAAAUAGUUAGCGUUAAGCUGAGUUACGGUUGCGCAACGUUUCAAAGCGAGUUGCGCAUACCCAUUUUCAGCCUCCCCCCACUGAAACUGAAAUUUUUUUUUUGAAUCAAAAACAUGUUUUUUUUAUUGUUGGAUAGUUAAAAGGUCUGUACAAAAAAUAUGAGCCGUUUUUGAGACCAUCAAUUUUUUUCUGUACAGACCAUUUUCCCUUUUUACAAAUAAUGACUCUUAAUUCCAGACGAUCUGUGCACCGCCUCUCCUUGUCUCAACGGAAUCUGCAUCGACAAAUUAUUCUCGCGUGAAUGCAUCUGUGAAGCCGGUUGGGAAGGCGAAAACUGCGACAAAAACAUCGAUGAAUGUGCCAAGAAUCCAUGUGAAAACGACGCGAAAUGCAUCGACGAAAUCAACGGAUUCAAAUGCGAAUGUGCCGCCGGCUAUCAAGGCCAAAACUGCGAACAACUCGUCGAUCAUUGCGCAACUUUGCCAUGUCAUAACAAUGCCACGUGUACAAAUAUGGGUCCAACUUAUCAUUGUGAUUGUUCGUUGGGUUUUGAAGGAGUGCAUUGUGAGAUGAAUAUUGAUGAGUGUCAGGAAUCGAGUAAAUGCGAUUCUAUUGGAACUGAAUCUUGUCGAGAUGGAAUUAAUAGCUAUAAUUGCAUGUGUAAACCUGGAUAUUCUGGAACAUUCUGCGAGAAUAAAAUCAAUCAAUGCGCAGAUUCUCCUUGCUUAAAUGAUGGACAAUGUGUAGAUAUGGGCGGAGCAUACAAAUGUAAUUGUAAAUCAGGUUGGACUGGACCAAGAUGUGAGCAAGAUAAUGGAUCGUGUGCCAGUAAACCUUGCAGAAAUGAUGGAUAUUGUGUGAGCUUGAUUGCUGACUAUUUUUGUGUUUGUCCUGCGGGAGUUUCCGGGAAGAAUUGUGAGACUGCACCGAAUCGUUGUAUUGGCGAACCGUGUCAUAAUGGAGGAGUUUGUGGAGAUUUUGGAUCACAUUUAGAAUGUUCGUGUCCGCCUGGAUUUAGUGGAAAAGGUUGGUUUUUUGGUCAAGUUUGGGCGAAAAAAAUUGUCAAUUUUUCCAGGAUGCGAGUUCAAAAACAUUGGAUGCGAUGAAACAUCGUGCAAAAACGGUGGUCAAUGUGUGAAUGUUCCAAAAUCUGGUUUCGCCAAAUCCUGUCAAUGCCCUCCAGGAUUCACUGGAGAUCACUGUGAAACAGAUAUCGAUGAAUGUGCCACAGCUCAUUGUCCGGUUGGAGCUUCCUGCCUUGAUCAAGUCAAUGGACAUAUCUGUAUGUGUCCGUUCAAUCUCACUGGAACAAGUUGCGAUAAAACAAUCAAUACAAAUUAUGAUCUUCAAUUUUUGGAUCCUUUCCGCGCGGCAAGCGCCUCACUUUAUGCGCCAUUUAGAAUCGAAUCUGAUGCGAUCUCGAUCUCUGUUUGGGUGAAGUUCGAAAAACCAUAUCAACAAGCCAAAUUCUUCAGUCUCCACGAAUUCGGAAACUCUUCAAAUGAAUUUGUUGGGAUCUCCUCGAAUAUGAUUAAAUUGAGCCUGUUCAAUGAUUCUCCAGUUGAAUUACCAUUAUCAACUUCGCAUCAAUUGAACAACGCAAAAUGGAAUCAUCUUCUUAUAACUUGGUCCGCAAAAUCUGGAGCUUAUAGCUUGAUCUGGAAUUCUCUUCGGAUUUAUACCAAUGAUGGAUAUGCUGUUGGAAAACACAUUGAUGUUCAAGCUGGAAUCACCCUUGGAUCUUCAGAAGCUUCGGGAGCCUUUGUUGGAUCAUUGACAAGAAUCAAUGUCUGGAACCGUGUCCUUGAUUUCGAGGAAGAACUUCCACAGAUGGUUCAACAUUGUCAACGAUCAGAUGAGAUUUAUAAGGGUCUUCUGGUUCGAUUCGAAGGUUACAACAAGAUUAUCGGACGAGUUGAGCGAACUCAUAGAAGUUCGUGUGGUUUGGAGAAUCUUGCGAAGUCUAGAGAGACCCACACAAUCAUCGUUGAGGAUUGUCCAGCUGAUAUGAUUAUUUCGACACAAUCUAGAGAAACAAAUGUUACUUGGGAAGAACCAUUAUUUAUUGGUGUUAACGAAAUCAUCAAGAUCGAGAAGAAUUUGAAGCAAGGACAAAUGUUGACGUGGGGUGAAUACAAUGUGGUCUACAUCGCCACAGACAAUCAGACGAAUCAAGCGGAAUGUAGUUUCAAGAUUCGAGUUGGUCGAGAGAAUUGCGAAGAACUCGCGGAUCCGGUCAAUGGGCUGCAAUCGUGUGAAAACUGGGGACCACAAUUGAAAUAUAAGGCAUGUUCGAUUGAAUGUAAGGAUGGAUUUGAGUUCCCGAGAGAGCCAGCGGUAUUCUACACGUGUGGAGAGGAUGGAAUGUGGCGACCGAAGCAGAGUUUGACUGUUUUCAAGUAUCCACAGUGUACCAAGUGAGUUGAGAGAGGUAGAGACGUGGGAAUGAUCCGGAAUGCGUACCUGACACUUAGGCUUAGGUUUACGAGGAAAAUGUGUUCCCGGAGAUUUUACGUAUGACUUUGUACAGUUUUCACGCCGAGAAAUAUCUGAAAGACUCGUUGUUCAAUAGGGUCGAUUUCAUACAUGAACUGGGACUCCGAAUUCGAAGGGAGGGCGAUUAACUUUAGGUGCAUUUUUGGAGGUAGGGCCCUCAACUUUUGAAAAAAAAACUCACAAAAAUUGGUUAGGGGGGUUAACCUUUUGAAAAGUUUUCCUGGAAGGGGGGGGGGUUAACUCAAGGGUCCCCGGAGCGACUAGUUCAUGUAUGGUCGAUUUACCAGUCUCAGAACUUCAAAUUUUCCGAACAUGCUCGACUUUUGGUUUAUUUUCAGACUUUUGAAGUGUUGUCAGCAAAAACUGUACACAAUGAUAUAAACCUCACCCUUGACAGAAUUUUCCCAUGAUAAUCAAAUUCCAGACACGUUCCGGCGACUAAAGUUGUGGUGGUUCGUCUUGGCUAUUCGUCAUCACCAGCUUGUACAGAAUCAUCGAAAGAAGCAUUCAUUCUGAAGGUUGAACAGACGAUCAAUGAAAUUGAUAACAGAUGGAAGAUGUGUAGCUUAGCGUAAGUUUUGAGCGACAUAGCCGCGAGUGUCCCGAUGACCUAAAAAAUCCCCAUUUUUCAGCGAUGCUUCUGGAUGUGUUGGCACACAAGUUCGUGUCAGCUGUGAUGGAAAAGGUCUCGCACUCAAGAGUCGUAGACGACGAUCUUCUGCACCUUUUGAAAUCGAGAUCGAAAUUCCUGUCAAGCGAAAGGUUCUUCACGAUCCUUCAAACAAUCGGGAAAUUUCGGUGCGCGAUGCUCUCCACACCGAAAUCAUCAAUGGAAUUCUGAACUUUGAGAAAAUUAUGCCAAAUGCAAGACCUGAUUUAUCAACACUGCAGAUUUUGGAAGAAUAUAAUUGCCAGGCUGGACAAAUCGUCUCGAAAGAUCUUUGUGUUCCAUGUGCACCUGGAACUUAUCAUUCGAGCACAACUGGAAAAUGUGAACUUUGUCAAGUUGGAGAAUAUCAACCAUUGACAGCUCGAACUGAAUGCUUUAGAUGUGCUCACGGACAGAUUACGGAGAGUGGAGGAGCACAAAGUGAGCAAGAUUGUAAAGAUAAUUGUCCACCUGGACAUCAAUAUGAUUCAUCUACGGCAUCUUGUGUGAAAUGUGGAUUUGGUUAUUACCAACCGAUGGGCGGCUCAUUCAUUUGCCACGCUUGCGGCAUCGGAAAAACAACUCUAUCCGACACAGCUGUCAGCGAAGAUGAGUGUCGUGAUGAAUGUCCGGAUGGUGAGCAACUAUCGAGCUCGGGAAUAUGUCAAGCUUGUCAAAUUGGAACUUAUCGAUCGAAAGGCGAACACAAGAAGUGUAUUGUUUGUCCGCCGGGAACGACGACAGAGGGUGAACGAGCCGUGAGACGGGAGCAAUGUAAUACGCCGAGAUGUAAGGCUGGACAAUUUUUGGUUAGAGAAACGUGAGUUUGAAAAAGCCUUUGGGGAGGGGACUGUCUAGGACCUUGGGGGGCUUUGGGGACAUUUCGAAGGCCUUAUGGGGCUUCAGGGACCUCAAAAAGGCUUCGGAGGGCUUGAGGGAUCUUUAGGAAGCCUUGGAGGGCUACAGAGACUUUCAGAAAGCCUCGGAGGGCCUUACGGCUUCAGAGGGCUUGAGGGACCUUAAAAGGGCUUCGGAGGGCUUCGGGGACGUUAAGAAGGCUUUGGAGGGCUUCGAAGACUUUUAGAAGGCUCCGAGGGUCUUCAGAGAAGUUUAGAAGGCCUCAUAGGGCUUGAGGGACCUUUAGAAGGCCUCGGAGGGCUUUGGAGACCUUUAGAAGGCCUUGGGGGGCUUUGAGGACCUUUAAAAAACUUCAGAGGGCUUCAGAGAAUUUCAGAAGGCCUUAUAGGACUUCAGGGACCUUAAGAAGGCUUCGGAGGGCUUCAGACUCCGUAGAAGAUCAAAGGGGUGAUAUGAGCUCCGAGAGCUCUCAAGUCCACCUGGAUUUUCUACAACCAACUCUAAUAUCCCUUAAACUUCAAAAAUUUCCAGCAAGAACUGUCAAUUCUGUCCCCGCGGAACAUUCCAAAACGAAGAGCAAGAAACGGUGUGCAAACUCUGUCCACCCGAUCACACGACAGCUGCACAAGGAGCCACCGCCGAAUCACAAUGCUACUCAACAAAUCAAUGUGCAACCGGCGAAUACAAUUGCUCAUGGCACGCGAAUUGCAUCGAUCUACCCGAUGAGAAUGAUAUCCCGAGUUAUGAGUGUCGAUGCAAACCCGGCUAUCGAGGAAACGGAACACAUUGUAGUGAUGCUUGCAACGAUUUCUGCUUGAAUGAUGGAAUUUGCAAGAAGAACAAUUUGGGAAAUGUGGAAUGUAUUUGUAAAGAGUAUUUCAGUGGUGACCGAUGUGAAUUGCGAUUCCAACCGAAGACCGCAAAAAUGUCAUUAAUUGCGAUGGCAAUCGGUGGAGUUGUUGUGAUUCUGAUUGUUAUUGUUGUCAUCGUGUUUAUGAUCUCGUUCCGAUUCAAUCAAGUUCAAGAUCAACCGGAGAAAAAUGGUUCGACGUUUGCUGAUUUAUCGCCGACUAGUAAUAAUAUUUUGUACGGAAGUCCGCCGGCUGUUUGUGAGUGUUUUUUUGGGGAACUUUUGGCCAGAAAUAUUGAUUUUUUUGGAUCCCAAUUAAGGAUUUCAAGUAAACUGGGCCUAAAUUUCAGUUCAUCCGUUUUCCGAGUCUUGAAGGCUCUCCGGGCUGAAAUUUAGGCUUUUCCUGAGUUUCAGAUUUUUCUGGGCCUACAUUGAACUCAUUUGAUUUUUAGCCUUAUCAGGGGCUUUCUGGACCUGAAUUUCAAGUUUUCCAAGCUUAAAUCUAGGAUAACAAUCUUCAAGCCUAGAUUCAGGUUUUUUCUUAAGCGUAGGGCCAAAUUUUUUUAGCUUUUCUUCUUCCCAAGCCUUUUCUCAAAUUCCAGGCUUUUCUGGGCCUAAAGCCCGUAAAAUCUAGAAAAUCUGUUUCCAAAAUUAAUUUUCUUAACUGCCACGACAUAAGUUCACGUGUUCAAAAUUAAUCAAUUCCCCCCGUAAUGUUCCAAUUUUCACAAUAACAAUCCAAAAAUGCUCGAAAUAUUUGCAGGCGAGCCAACAAUGCCUCGAACUUUCGGCUAUUAUUACGAAGAUGACGAUGUCUACGAGACGAAAAUGAUCCAAGAACGACGGCCGACAACAUCUACAGUAGCCUCGAUGGGCGGCGCAAAUAUGACACGUGCCAUCGAACAACACAAAUAUGAGCAACGAAUGCGACAAGCGCAACAACACAUGUAUCAGCCAAAUAACAAUAACGAUGAAUAA